CAGGCAGGGGCCGCAUGAGUUUCUUUGCCCUAUCCUUUUCCAUCCAGGACGAAGAAGAUCGAACAUCUAUAAAAUCAAGCAAGGAAAAAAUAAACGAAAGGAGGUACUUGCUCUGACUUUCACGGCCGCUUAGGGGUUUCCUUCGUGUAUGCACGCUCGCGGUUGUGCGAUCCCACGCUCCAGGUUUUGAGAUUCACCGAUCCCUCCGAGUUUCAACAGAGCCUAAUGCGUUGCUGCAUCGGCUACAUAUUGUUCUUUAACGCGCUACAGAAUGGGUAUUUUUUCCCCGAAGAACUUAAAACCCUAAUAAUAGAGAAACUCGCCGACGCCAGGGAGAGGGCGGCCGGCGUUUCUCGAGAUUCUACUUCCUCGCCGGAACCUGUGCUUCCAGGCAUUGGUCUAACCCGUAGGGAGUGGCUGCUGAUGCGUUAUGAAGAGUGUGUGAAGCAUGAUCACAUGGUAUCAGUUGGAUUAUGCCAGGAUUUAAGGUCCCAAAUGUUGGAGAAGAAAUCCUUGACGCAGAAAGUUUGGGCUUGGGGUCAAGUCGCCCAAAGCUGGUUCAAAUUGUGAAUUGUCUGUCCUUGCCGCAGGAAGAUUGAUUGGGGCCAAAACCUGGUUCAAAUAGUUUGAAGAGUGUCUCUUCGAGUCAUUUUUAAAUCUGUUUGCAUUUGAGUUCUGUGUGGAGGGUUUAGUUUUGUUGAGGUUUUAGCUCAUUAGUUUGUGGGAGUUGUGGCUGGCAUCAACCUUCAUUGCUUUACAUUCCAUAAAAGUUGGUCAGA